AUUAACCUCAAAAAAAAAUUAACUUGACCUAAGCAAAUGGUUUAAGUUGGCUAAAAUCGUAACAAGCUAUUGAAAAAGAAAACAAAAUUCUAAAUUUUAAAGAAAUCUAUUGAAUACAGAUCGGAAAGCAACGCAGGCGGAAAUUUAUAGAAAACAGGCCAAAAAAUAUCGAUUAUAGAAAAUUGUUGUCAAAUACAGUGAAAUUUGAAUCCCAACGGGCAGCUGUGACAAGAAAGCAACCGUUAUACACACACAUUACUGUUGGUGCAGUUCUUUUGUUAUUUUAUUUUUGGUUUGAGCGCAUUCUGUGCUUAAGCGCAAUAAAUAGAUAAACAAAAGACCAGCAAAAGCAUGGAAACACAGCAGACUCAACAAACAGAAAAGCUCAUAGAGGACAUGCUGGAAUUUCUAGAUUCAACGAGUGAGGACGAAGACGACAGCAACAAUAUGAAAAGCGAACAGGGUAAUCCGAAAGAAACUUAUGAAAGCGUCAAUGAGGAUUUCCUGCGAACAGAAGAGCAUACAGGUAAUUCUCAAUUGAGGCUUAAUAAAAAAGAACGUAAAUCAAAGAGCUCAAUUGCCAAAGAAUUGACAAAAAUUAAAAACGAAUUUCCCAUUUGGAAUACAAAGGAACUGGCUCCAUCUUCCAAAAAGCUUACUGAUCCAAUUUGGCAUCAAACUUACCUACCAGCUGGUAAAUGUGAGUCCGCGGAUGUUGAGAAUGAUUGGAAUUCGAAAUUAGAAUCGAAUUGUCGGCGAAGCAGCAACACAUAUGUACAGGAAGUGAAUCGCGCAAUUUACGGUGACACUGCGGGUCACCCUCCAAACGGUACAACGGAAUACUUUCAAGCUGCGCAAAAUUAUGCCAUAUAUGGUAAGGAUUUUCUAGACUUUCCCGAGAAUCUUACGCCACUGCUGAGCGUGAAAGGUUCAACCACGCCACCAGAAGCUGUACCAUUUGCUUCCGGCUAUGGUAAUGGCUUGUAUCCCACACCACCGGCACCGGAGACAACAACCGGCAUUGGUUUUGCUAAUCUCAGUAAGCAAUCGUCGGCCGCUUCAUCUGCAGCUACUGCCGCUUACUUUCAAAUGUGUAACGGCCUACAGCCGGCUUCAGUGCGUCCGGCUGCUGGUAGCACAGCGUAUGGCAUGUUUUUAGGCAACAAAGUUACUUAUGUAGCGGCUGCACCAGCUGCACCGCCACUUGUCUACAAUCAACAUUCCUCCACCACCACAAAUUUCAUUUCGAAUAGUUUAGCCAAUGCAGCGCUUGCUACUUCGCCAACCAUUCUAUAUUCCAAUCCGAUGCUCACCACUACCACACAACAAUAUUUAAACACUUUUUUCAAAGAAACUCAGUAUCUAAGCGGUGCCACCACGCAGGGUACCACUGUGGGUACGACCACUGGAAUUUAUGAAAGACUUGUUUACGCACAAAUGCUGCAGCAACAAAUCUAUCAUCAGACACAACAACAAGCUGCUGCUGUGGCUGCAAUGUUCCAUAAAACACGUCCAACUCGUGCUACUAACGGCGGUGGAGGCGGUACAACAACCCCUUGUGCUCAAAAUUCUGCCACACAAACUAUGCCUUCGCCCAAUAAUAUACCGGUUCUUAAUAUAUGUGGGCGUCAAGCGGCAAUGGUUACCAACGCCACAGAUAUGAUGGUAAAAUCACCACCAGUUCCGUCACCAAUUGCCGCAAAUGGCAAUGAAGACAGUGCAACCCCGAUGGCUGAUUUAUGAGGUUCCCAUUAUUAUUCUUCGCUUUCUUAUUGUAGAUAAGUAGUCUUCGCCUCUACGUUGUUAACAUUUUUUAUUAUUAUUUUUUAUUAAAUAUCUGAAUUUAAAAAAUUAAAUACGUCACAAUAAAAAUCUUACUA